UUGUUUGUUGAAAUUUCUUUAGUUUUAGUUGUAACACAAAGAUUUAACGGCGCACAAAUCGUUUGUACUGACUUAAUGAUUAGUUAACAAAAAUUGUUUCUUGGUUGAAAAAAAAAUGACAUUGUCUUUUAGCCGGGACAGUGCUAUAUAAUACAAAGGAUAGUUAAAAAAUACACCAGGUAAUAAAGGUGCUUAAUUAACAACAUAAGAAAUGGCGGCAAAACAAGUGACGAAACAGGGUUCUCAAGAGAUUCCACAUAUACAAUGUGCCGAGGAUAUAUCACUGUUAAGUUUGCGACAGCUAAGUGCUCUAGCAAAAUCUUGGGUUGUAGAUGUGUCAGGACUUGGACAAAAGAAAGACAUAGAGGAAAAACUGAUCAAAUUCUGGAUGAGUCAUAGGAAAGAGGAAAAGUCCGACUCUGUAAGUCAUUGGGAACCCCCUGAUCUUGCUGGUGCCUUCAAGGAGCAUCAACAGACACGACAAAAGUUGCUCGAGAAGUACCGGAAAGCGGAAGCAUUGUACGAUAACUUCACACCCAAAAUAAAAGCAAAUCUGGAGCAGUCCCAUCAAAACGUGUGUACACUUAUCAAAGAAAGAAAAGACUCGUUGAAAUCGGGAGAAUGUACAAUAGUUAUAGCUGGAGAGGUUGGAGCUGGUAAAACAAGUCUUCUGAACUUGAUUCUAGAGACACAAAUCUUCCCAGUCGAUUCACUCAAGUGUACCAACACUAUUCUAGAAAUACGAAGUAGUGAGAAGAAGGAUGCUAUUUUCUACUACAAACAACAGCUGUCAGACAGCGGCGAAAGAGAAAGAAAAGUACCACCGAAGAUUAUUAGCCUGAAGAGUCUGAAUGGACUUCAAGAAUUCAAGGACUGUGUUGCGGAGUAUGACCAAUCGGAUGACAACCCUUACGACCGAUGUGAGGUGUUUUACCCAUUCAAAACACUCAGUAAAGGCGUGGUGAUUGUAGACACCCCAGGUGUAGAAGGCGGGGGUAAUGUCGAUCAAAGACUACAAACAUAUCUCUCGAGAGCGUUCGGCUUUAUCUACGUCAUCAACACGAACGCUGCUGGAGGAGUUCAACAAAGCAGGCUCGGCCAUUUGUUAAAAACUGUUGUCAACAGUAGCGAAGAUUUCAGCCCUGAAGCGUCCCUUUUCAUUGGUAAUAAAUGGGAGCAUGUACCCGAAGGAGACCGCGUUGACGUACAAAAAGAUAUCUUUUACAAGCUGAAUCAGGUAUAUCCUGGGAUACGACAAACGCAGAUACAUUACAUGUCUGUGAAGAAGUCGGCAGAAUUCAAAAUGAACUACGAAACAAAAUUAGAAGAACACAAGAUUCUAAUGUUGAAGGUAUCCCAGCUUGUACCAAGCAGUCUCAGACAAGGAAUGGUGUCAAAUUACUGGUGGCUUUCUUCUUUCCUGUCACGAUCAUCUUAUCUCCUCCGCGUGACAAGCGUACAGCAGGCGAUGACACGUGAUGAACUAGACAGACAAUUCGAGGGCCUCCGUAAACAUGUGGAAAAUCUACAGAAAAAUACUGGCGAAAUUAUCGAACGUCUUCGAAUCAAAGUAGAAUAUGAAAUACAAAGAAUUACAUCAGAUAUUCAAAGCGUACUGAAAAACCGAAACUUCUUAGACAGAAUAUGUAAUUGGGAAGACACUAAUGAAUGCCCAAAGACUGAGAAAAAAUGGAAGAGCGUUGCCGAUGCCGCUGCUGUGAAGAUAUCAGAAAGAAUAUCACGUGAGCUCGAUGGCUGGCAAAGACAGAACAGCAUUCUCCGUGUCCUAGACAACGAUAUCAUUGGAGUUUUCAGCAAAGAACUCGGGUUGAUGGAUGACCAAGUGAAAGAACUUGAAGACUAUUUGGUCAAAAGCCGGAGAGGCAAUAUGUGUAAGACGAUGCGUAUAGUUCCUGUAAAAGCCUUGUUUGCAAAGAAGAAGAAAAAGGUAGAGAAAACAUAUUCAACGCUAGGUGGCGCUGUCAGUUGCGUUGGCAUGCUAGACACCGAUAAGAGAAAUGUCAAAAGAAUAUUCAGAGAUUUUAAUGACACAACGAAGGCAAAGAAGAUGUCAGAGGCGACUAUACUGUAUAUAGACACAAUUCUGUCACACAAAGAAUUCGGCGGGAAACUGAGAAAAUUCUUUGAUCGUUACUUUAAAGACAUUGAUGAAGCUGCGAAAAGAAUUCCUGGAUUUCUUAAGGCAGACCAGCAGCUCAUAGAAACAUUACAGACUAAUAUUAAGGAAGAUGAUCGUCUGAAAGAGCAACUCCCUGGAUUAGUGAAUGAAAGUGCCGAGCUUCUUGGCCAACUCGAUAUCUUCUACAUAAACGACAUCAUGCAGUUUGACUUUGAAUUAUCAGAGUUAGAAUGGAACGAUAAAAAGGAGCUUGGUAGCGGAAGUUUUGCCAAAGUGUACACGUCAAAACUUACGCGAAAAAAUAGACCAGUUGCAAUAAAGGUUGCCACUGACGUAGUCGACCAGUCCAAUGUCACACAAAUCCUAACCGAGGACAGAACUAUGAGGGAUUUGAAACAUGCUAACAUCGUUCGGUACUACGGUGCGUCCUAUAUUAAAACAAAGAAGGGUUUACAGUGGAUAAUGGUGAUGGAGCUUUGCCAGACAACUCUUAAACAGAUCUAUACUGGAAGCGAUAGAAAUGAGCGUAUGAUUCCUGGUUGCCUAGGAAGUGACCACCCACGAUUUGCUCAGGCAGCCAAGUAUAUGCUUGACCACGCCUACCAGAUAUGUACUGGCCUGGAUUUCAUACAUGAGAAAGGAUACACCCACAGAGAUAUGAAACUAGAAAACGUUCUGUUGGCAGAGGGAAAUGUUAUCAAGAUCACAGAUGUAGGCGUCACCAAGGUAACACAGAUGCUUUGUAAAACUGCUGAUGGUUCCCCGGCUUAUAUGGCACCGGAAGUGCUGCUUUCGAAUGAAAUCCAAACAAACAAGAUUGACAUUUACAGUUUUUCUCUCAUAUUCUGGGAAAUGUGGUUUGGGAAGGAUGUAGCUGAUGAAAUCAACAAAGGUUUACUCGGGUAUGGAUACCAUGGAAAUGCAAUGGAAGUACUCAAAUCUCAGAUUGCAAGGACAGAUGGUUGGCGGCCACCACUGAGUUCACCUAAACGUCCGCCAGAAAUGAUUACUGAUGUAUUGAAAAGGGGAUGGUCUUCCGAUCCUGAAAAGAGGCCAAGUGCAAAUGAGUUUGGAAACACUUUGAAACAUUUUCUGAAGAACAACCUCUAAAAAAGCAUAUAAAUUAUACAAACGUAUAGGUGAACCGCUGAAAAAGACUUACAUGAUUACAUACAGGAAUAGAACUAAUGUCAUGAUAGGCUAUAAAGGUUUUAACAAAGCAAAUUGCACAAUGUAAUUCAUAAAUCAUCAACACAAUUUCGUUUAUCUAUUAUUUUGACAUCAAUUCAUGUAUAAGUUUUUGAUGCUUAGGUAUAAAAUUCGCGGUUUAACAAUCAGUGAACAUAAAAAUACAUAUUUGAUUUGUGAAAAUUCAAGGAGUUUGUCUACAGUUAUUGUUUACACAUUAUUUAAACGUUCAUUUGCGUAGUGAUUAACCAGUAAAGAACAUUAUUCUAUUAAAAUUUAUAAUUUAGUUUUCAUCACAAAUUGAAUGUGGUGACAAAACAUUCUUUUAACAUUUCACAAUUCAGAUCCAUACAAUUACACUAAUAAAUCGUUCAAUAUUUACUUUUUUUACUAAUCCUCGGGUUGGAUAAGAUUUCAAGACAGUUUUGUUUCGUAAUAUUCUUUUCUGUUAAUAUUGAUUAUAUUAAUCAAUUAUCAUUUGGUUUACAUUACAAUUCAAUAUCUUUUGUAUAUUUUUAAUUUUGAUUUUAUUUAAUGCUUGAAAUAACAAAGAAGACAUUUGUUUUUGUUUCAUUUAGUCAAGAGUAAAGUCAAACGUUUAGUCAACGGAACAGCAAAUGUUUAUAAUCAUCAAUGUUUCCAUUUAAAUUUGAAAUGAUUGUUUUAUAUUACAUAAUACAUUACUCCAUUGUUCAAGAUCUGUUUUAUGAUAAUCGUUGCAAAAGUUGAAAUAGAAAAAACUAUGAGGUGACAGCUACACUUUUACGGCUUUCUUCUAUCUAUGCCCUACAAGAACCGAAUGCUCAUAGUUUGUUAUUCGUUUUGUAUUUUGUUUUAUCGGGUUUACACAAAAUGCUCAAACUUAAAGGUUUAAACAUAUUUUAUUUUGUGCCCGAUGCUCAUUCACACUAUGUUUAUACACUGUUAAAUUAUAUUGUUUUGUUUGCGUGUGGGUAAGUUAUUUUAUGAAUAAAUCACAUUGAAUCAAGA